AUGACAGAUAUUAUUUUAGAAAUUAGAAAAUUUAUCGCUGAAUGUUGGACAAAUAUUUUUGCAGAAGUAUGUAAUUCAGUAGUUUAUAUAGAUCAUUGUGCAAUUGAAUGCUUACAUUGGUACACAGCGGGUAAAGGUUAUGUAACAUUAAAAGAUGCUGGUGCAAUUGCAGUUUAUGAAUUUGGAAUGUAUCAUUUUCGAUAUGUUGAAGUUAAAGAUGCUAAGAAAGCUGUUAUUAUAUCAACAUCUGGUGAUCCAGCAUUUUAUCAAAGAACAAUUAAAAUGAUUAUGGCAAAGAAUGUAUUUCAAAACUGUAUUGUUUACUGCAGUGUGCCUUGUUGCACUAUUGAUCCUUUAGGAAUAUCAUCUGUUGAAGAAAAGUUAAAUUAUACAAAGCUGGAAAAGGAUAUUAAGAUUUGGAUGAUGUCAAAAAAUCUUUCGCAAGAACCUAUUGUCAAUGUUAUCUAUGUACCAAUUUUGGUUGCCCUUUUAAAUAAGAAUCUGUUUAUAACACCUCCUUUUGGAGAUAUAAUGCCAACUUUAAAUACAAAUAUUUCAAAAGAUAUGUUUAUCAAAUUAAAUUUUUUAGCAUAUUCAUUUUAUAGUCUAUUCAAUAGCAUAAAAGUUAAAUUAGAUAUUUAUUCAGUUGGAAAGUUCAGUGAUCAACUUGCAGAGAAUUUGGAAAAUUAUAUAUCUACUACUGAUCAUUGGAAUAAUUUAUCAGAAACUCCAGAAAUAGGAGUUUCUCUUAUUUUGAUUGAUAGAACAUUAGAUCUUUGUACACCUACUAGUAAUAACAUGGAAUCUUUCCUCACAAAAAUAUUACGAACGUUUCCUCGUUUACCACAUCAUGAUAAUGAUGUAGCUAUUAAUCUAUCACCUGUGUUUGGAAAAGUAACGGAAAUUUUACAACCAUAUGAAAUACCAGGGUGUUUAGCAAAUAUAGGAGAUGCUAUGAUGGAUCUCUUUAUUUCACAAAAGGAAAAAAUGUUAUUAGGAACAGCCAAUCAAUUUCUAAAUGAUAUAGUUUCAACAAAAGAUAGUCAAAAAUUGAAAACACCAACAAGAAUUUCUGGGCAUAGUUUAGAAAAAGUUGUUAGUAAGAUUCAGUCUAAAAAUACUAUUGAUUCUAUGGUGAUUCAUAUAGAAAAACUUCAGUGUAUUUUAGCAAUAAUAGAAGCAUCCACAUCACAAAAGACUGGUCAAUUUGAAUUACUUACUAGUUUAGAAAAAUUAGCUUUGCAAAAUCUUUCUGUGAGUCGAGAGUCGUCAAGUAUUCUGGUACAGUUGAGUAAUAUUAUACGCACUCGAAUUCACAGAGGACUUGAUAUUGAAAACUUAUUAGCAUUAUUAAUACAUAUCUAUGCUCUUGCGGGAACGCAGAUUCGGUUUUCUACACAACAAGAACUUCAAUUAGAAGAAUCAAUUGCAGAUGCAAUUUUUGAAGAUCUUCAGGUUUUAAAAGAAAAUCCAUUGAACAGUACAAAGUCAAUCUAUCAGCGUACUUUAUUACUCUUAGGAGUGCACGAUAUUACUGUAGCGCAAGAAACGUCAUGUAAGAUUGCAGCGCGUAUUGUUGAUACUCUGCGAUCAAUUGCAGAACAACGUUUAACAUUACAAGAUUACAGAUUUUGUAUUUUGAAACCAAGUUCUCAAGAAGCAACUCGGCAUAUUAGUAUCUUAGAACAAGUUAUUAAGGAUAUAUUCUAUGUAGAUAUAGGACGAGAAUUACGGGAUCUACAUAAAAAAUCGUCUUCAUUUAUUUCAGCUGGUUUUAAUUUGAUUUUAAGGGGUAAAACAAAACGUCAUCCUCGAGACAAUCCCUAUAUUUUAAUAUACAUUGUUGGUGGAAUUACUGCAGAAGAAGCAAAAGUAAUUCAAGAAGUAGCAUUAGUGCCCAAUGACAAGGAAAUACCACAUGUAAUAUUAGCAGGGUCUAGGUUGUUAAACCCUUUGGACAUAGUGGAUAAAAUAUUUUUUGGUUAACUAUAUUUUUUAGAAAAACUUGUAAAUAUAAUA